UACGCCUAGCUUUUUAACGACCUAUCUACGCGCUCACAAAAUGUCCGUGACAAACAGCUGUUCGCCCAUUGACAGGCAGUGUCUUUGGUGAACGACCUUGAAGGUUUACCUGUCCGCGUAAACAUACCGGUAUGAUAACAUGAUGAGUGUUUUACAGGUAGGUGUAAACCUGUAAGGUGUGCGACCAAUGAGAGCGUGCGUUAUACGGCCAAUGGCGAGCACCGGGUAAUGUUUACUGCCGCGGGCGCUGAGACCCGAGAGGUGUAUUGCAUGAGUCGGCCGCCGAGUAGGGGUGGUGUGGAUGUUUGUUGCGUGCGGGAGCUGUCGCGCUACGUGUUUUUUUUGUUAUGUUCCCCGGUAAAUUACCUGCUUUUUUACACAGAGAGUGCGGUCGGUAACUUUUGUGUGACCGGUUUUUAUUUUUUUUUCCUUGUAACAGUUGUUUUUGUGAACUGUGAGGUCUAGGACUACAUGGGAUUCAAAAAGAAAUACACAAAACCGUCACCAUGGCGUCAACAUCAAAUGCUGGAGGACCUAGAGGACGUAGGAAACAAGCGAAACCGCAACGGAAACAAGUCGAAUUGGAUAUCAGCGACUCUGAUCAGCAAUGUCCUCCAUCGUCCAGUAGCGUGACGUCCUGUCCAUUACUAACCACCCCGAGCCCAAUGAGUCCCGAAUCUGAUCACACGGAAGUCGCUACUGUCGACGACCCUUACGACAGGCUCAAUGGAGUCCACGAGAGAGCGGUCGUACCCGAAGAAGUGGUCAAACUGAAAGUGUUAAAAACUGGAGGAACAGCCGAAGAACUUGAGGACGAAAUGGAAUCUGUUAAUGCAGCAGUCGGGGAAGAAAGGCGCGAAGAAGAGGAUCGGCUGAAGGAGUAUUUGCACAGGAGAGAUACUGCCAUUAUUUAUCCUGAGGAACCAUCCAAAUGUACGACAGGAACCGUUCCAUUACUUGCAAACGGGGUUCCUAACGAAGAAGAUGUCCGACCGGGCACAGAUUGUUUCAUCAAGUGCCCCCAAUGCCAAAAAAGCUGUCAGACAUUUCAGUCUCUCAAGGAGCACAUGGAGGUGGCGCACGCUGACGGGAACAUAGCCCUAGAGAACGGCGUAGGACUCUCCCUGCCCAGUGCAUCACCCACGCCAAGUCUCACGCCCGGAAACGGAGGUCCUUACGGCUGCUCCCAGUGCACCACCUCCUUCGGUACCAAAGAUCAGUUGGAAAAACAUGAACUUUUGCACUCGCCAAACGCACAAGUGGUAAGUGCAUGUAAAAUUUGUAAUAAAACAUUCGCAAAUGUUUAUCGUCUACAACGACAUAUGAUCAGCCACGACGAAAGUGCUGUCCUACGAAAAUUCAAAUGUACAGAAUGUGAUAAAGCCUUCAAAUUCAAACACCAUCUCAAGGAACAUAUACGAAUACACAGCGGUGAAAAACCGUUCGAAUGCGGAAACUGCGGGAAAAGAUUUUCGCAUUCCGGUUCUUAUUCUAGUCACAUGACAUCGAAAAAAUGCCUAGUGAUGAAUCUCAAGUUGGGGAGGACGCGCGGUCCGCCUCCGAAUUCCCUCAUCGAUAAAAAUAGAGUUCACAAAAGGCCUUCUAACAGUUCUUUAAACAAUAACAUCGCAACAAGUCCGAAUCACAACACGUACUUGCCAAUGCUGGACAAAUUUAGCGAAGCCGCCGCCACAGCAUUUUUACAAAAUUCAAUGGCUUCCACCCCAAGAAUGCAUCCCUUCUAUAUAACCUCGCCUAACAUGCUUAGUUCUUCCGGGGUUGCAAUAAGUCCCUAUUCGUUACCGUACAUUCUAGAACAGCUCCAAGGAAACUCGCCGCAUAGACCUCCAGCAUCCACGGAACCGGAACUAAAACUGAACGAUUCUAUACAGAGAAGUGCCUCACCCCCGUCCAAUUUGGGCGGAAUCGACGAUCAACCGGGAGGUCCGAAAUCCAACGCUUCAUCUUGUGGAGAUCUAGUAAUGGACGAAGGUGACGACAACAACAAGGUUGAAUCUCGUGAUACGCCAAAGCCUAACCAAUGUUACGACAGCGGGAGUGAUUUCGAAGCGGUGAAAAGAAUUUUAGAGACGGUUAACGUCACAGUGACCAAACAACUACUCCAAGCAAACAUGCAAAAAUACUCAGAAACUAAUACCAACGAAUCUCAACAACGAUCUGACGAGGAAACCAAAGAGAACAUUUUUUGUUCAACGUGCAAGCAAUCGUUUAAUAAUCAGGACGAGUUGGACGAGCACCUGUGCGACCAAACAGAAGUGAAAAGCGAAGGACUGGCGGCUAAAUUAGAAGAGGCUGUCGGCAUAAAGUCGGAAGAAGGACAAAAUGGAAACCUCAGUUGUACGGACGAAGAUCAGGAUUAUGAUAAACACGAAAAACUCUGUGAUUACGAAAUGGAUUGCGAAUCGGUUACAACGAGUGAUCAUGUGUCCGAAGAUGGUAGGAAGGUGAGAGUUCGAUCGCUCAUAGCUGACAAACAACUUCGGGUUCUGAAAGAUCAUUACACUUUAAAUCCACGGCCAAAGCGCGAAGAACUCGUUAAAAUUGCCGAAAAGAUAAACUUUCCUGUUCGGGUGGUGCAAGUGUGGUUCCAAAAUACAAGAGCGAGAGAUAGAAGGGAGGGACGAAUGGCGAACAUACCUUACAGUUUGGGCAGUACCAUACAACAUAGACUUCCUCCAGUGUUUGUGCCUUCAAACCAACAACUAACUAACCAAACAACUUCAUACUCGUUACUACCUUCGCCUCACUACCCGAUGGAGCAACCCCUGGAUCUCUCAACGAAAAAAAGUACCCAUUCAGUAACUUCAUCUCCCGCUACCUCACCCCAAAGACCGACUUCUUCUAACCACCAUUCCGAUUCGGGUGAGGAAGCCGUGAACUUAAGUUGUAAAUCUUCUCGGAGCCCCACCCCUGUCCAACAACCUCUUCAAAACCAUUACCAAAACUCCAACUCAUCUUCCGACAUUCAAAGAACACCAUCCCCUAUGGACUUCAACAAUGGAAGUAAACUGGCACGGAUCCUUGCCCAGCCAGCCGAACUUGGAAUGCCCUCCAUGGGACUGGUUCGUAUAGAGGGGUUGAUUCAAAUGGGAGCGUCCGAAUUGCCCAACCUUUCGCAACUGUUAAGCAAUCGACUGUCCAGAAUGAGCCCUGGAUCAGAGAAGAACUUGUGGGUGGAAGAUAACGAACCCAUGAUCGCUCACGAUCUCAGCCAGGACGAGAAGAAAAUGAAACCGAUAUUGAAGAAUUUGGGCAGCCCUAGUCUUGGUGCUUCCGGUGGGGAAGUUGAAGGACAAUUUUCCUGUGAUCAAUGUGAUAAAGCAUUCUCUAAACAGAGUUCUUUAGCUCGACACAAAUACGAACACUCAGGCCAGCGUCCACACAAAUGUCACGAGUGCCCAAAAGCAUUCAAACACAAGCAUCAUCUGACAGAACACAAGAGAUUGCAUAGCGGGGAGAAGCCAUUUCAAUGUUAAGACUUCUUCAAAAUUGAGUCGCCAAUCGAAGCAGAAGUCGAGUCUCGUCAUAAACCAAUACAUACUUAUGUGUAUCGAUAGCAAGUAUUUGAUUUACGUUUUGAUGUUACCGUUUUCUUUUACUUAGUGCAGUUUUAUGUUGAGCGAAGUCCGUGCCAUAUUUUUUUUAUUAUUAUUUACCCUGACGUCUUUUUAGUCACUGAACAAGCAAUUUUUUUGUAGUUUAUAUAUAUAAAUCCCUUAUGCGCUUUCGUUUACAGUUUAAUUUUUUAGUUGAAAGAGAAUAUAAUGGAUAUUAUAUUGUAUAGCAUUAUACUGACUGCUUAAAGUGCCAUACAGAAGUUUAAGAUGUACGUAAUACGUGUAAAUUUUGGUUUCAAAACAUCGAUUUGACUUAUUGUACAAUACCAAAUAUAGCUUCUAGAUUAUCUCAUAGGUAUAUAACAUACAAACAAUACCAAAAACUUUUAGUUCCUCCUCUAUUAUAAGGCGAAUCCCACAUACUAAGUCUUUCAAACGAAACUGAACUAAAAAGUAAUUUGAAUAACAUAAUUUUGGUUUAAUUUUUUUAUCAAAGAUAUUUCAGUAUUUAACUUCUUACUGGUGAAAAAUACGUAACAAACUUGUACGAAAGUAUCUUUAGUUAUCAUUCUCAAAAUUUAUUUUGUGCAAUUACGAUUGACGCACAUAUAUUUGUGGGAUAGUUUUAUAAUGCAAAAGUUCCAAAAAAUGCCUUUAUGUUUGAAAUAGUACAAUAAUAAAACUAAUAUUAAAAUGAAAAGGGAACGAAUACGCGCAAACCGCUGCAAAAGGUGUUACUUGUCGACAAUACAUAGCUGAUAAAUUAAUAUGAUUUCUACAAAAAACAAUGAAUAAAUGGUGCCAGAAGUUACUCAUACCAUAUAAGCAUUUGUAGCCCAUAAGGUGUUUUUAAGUUACCUUUAAUAAGUAAGAGAUGUAGCUAGUGAAGAAAGAUUAACUACUACUACUAUUAUUAUUAUUAUUAUUGCAACAUACUACUACUACCACUACUACUACUACUGUAUAUUAAUCUAUUAUAACAAUUAAUAAGUGUAUAAAUAAGUAUGAUAACAAUUAAAAGGUAAAUGCCAUUCCAAAUUUUCUACCUACACGUAAUAAAGUUUCCAGUGUGAAAGCUCUUUGAGAUUUGUUGACAAUAACGUAGCCAUUUUAUAUAUUAAAUGAAAGUAAAAAGAAAAAGUAUAGUAUAAAGAAUUAUUAUUAAUUAUUAGAAGCGCUAAUUAAAUAAUGUUAAUCUGAAUAGCAUUUAUUAUUAAACGAAAGCGAGCGAGAAGGUAAAUAUAAACCCGAACAAAGGUUGGUGACAGUUUUCUCUUUUUUAAUACGACUAUUACCUAUUUUAUUUACUAUCUAUACAUUUUAUACACCUAAUAAAUUGCAAAGCUUAUAAAACUGACGGUUAAGCUCUCUCUCUCUAUCUCACUUUCUCUACUAGGCUUUAUGUAACUAUACACCCUGUAUAUAAUUAUUAAUUAAUAAUGUUCUGUCCCCUUCUUGUCUAAUCUGUAGACGGUUACUCUUAUAAUAACGGUAAAUUUAAGGUCCUAUAAAGCUCUAUUUGAAGUUUCUUGAUAAAUGUUGUAUUUUAGUCUAAUUUAUGCUACCUACUACUAUAAAAUUAAUUAAUUAACUACAAUUAUGAUAAUAUUCCACUAGUUUUACGAACGAGACGUGCUCGUCUCUAUUUUGUGUUACUUUUCAUGGCUAGUAUAACCAAAGACCUUGUAUUAUAUCCAGCCAUACGUUUAAGCUUCUUUUCCAUUCUUUCUAACAAUAAUAUAUAUUUUUUAUAGAGAUUGUCAUGUAAAAAUGUUGGUUAUAAAUGAUGUAUGUGUAAAUUGUAUAAGAUUGUAGUUAAAAACAAUCGAAAGUGUAUUUUACCCAAUACAGAAAUAAAUAUAUGCAAAAAGUUUUAAA